AGCUUUCAGACUCCUCAUCAGAUUCAUUUCUUAUAUAAGCUUGUUCACUGGUCAAGUAGAACAUUUGAAUUGCUCUCUUGAAUCUCAUCACAGCUCUCUUGAAUCUCACAGCUCUCUUAAAUCGCACAUCCCAACAGUAAUUUUGGCAUUAUAAUUCCCAUUCUCGCUUAUCCUUGUUGCUUGCUCCACUCGCCCUUGAAUCGAUUGAUCCCUUGCUCGCGUUGGCCACUUAGUCACUGUCUUGCAUUUGUUUCCUGCUCAAUAUCAAUCAUCUGGAAUGCGUAACUCACCAAAGAGCUCACCAAAACCUUCUCAAAACGGAAACCGUCGCCCCCGCCAAACCAAAGCGCAAAUCGCUGCUGAUUUAGCCCUAUCUGGACAUGUGGUUGGCUCGAGACCUACUCCGGCUGCUGUGAAAAGAUCCCGACUUGCAGCGAAGAAACGCGCGGAAAAAGAAGCCUCGGUAACUAGCAUCAAACGUUCUACGAGCGACAGCCCACCUUUUGACUUAGUCGACUACAAGACCAUCCUUGCUUAUCUCGCCAAACCGAAUGUCCUCAAUUCUCUGUUCGGUGGUGGCAGCCAAACCAAGGUCACUGGUUUGCCAAUGAGCCCAAAGACCUUGUUGAACACCCUGGCAAUCAAACUCAACAAUAACUACAAUGAACGUUACAACUCCACCGACAUGCACUUGACUGGCAGGACUCUGCUUCUUCGCCUUCGAAGAUACAAAGGCAAGUAUCAAUCCGCGAAAUCCCUGAGUUUGAAGACUGGCGCUGGACUGGAGCCCAAGCACCACGCUCGUGGCAUUCAUAGCAUGGAGGCACUUUUGGAGUCAAUGUGCCCCUGCUAUCCUGAAAUGGAUGCGCUGUUUCGUGAUAAAGGCAACGUAAAUCCCUUUGGAAUUCUUGAUUCUGGACUCGGCUCUCAGGAUGGCGAUGACUCCGCAAUGGAUAGCGAUGGAGAUCUCACCGAUGGGCUUGACCCUGGCCCUGAUGUCCAGAGUGCAUUGGACCGUGCUGAUCGUAAGAAAUAUGUGCCAUUAUCUCCGACCCCGGAGGCUCCUUCUUUGGAAAGAACGCUAGGAACUCCUGAAGCACUCAACAAUCAUUAUCGCAGUUUUCUUGACCUUGAGAAUGAUAUCAAUUCGCUUCCGCCUACUCCGAAAGGCCAAAACGAUCCCAAGGACAACAUACCCAGCCCUGUCCUUCAGCCCAUCCAUUCAAGUGCUGACAUCGGUCAUGUAGUUACGUCCACAUCUCACGCAAAGCCCUCCGGAAAGCGAGCCAAGAGAGCUGGGAAAUAUGAUCUCACUGCGGAGGAACGAGCAUUGGACUCCAGUUCAGAAGAUGAACCCGAUGCCUUACCCGUGACCAAGACUCAAGCAACGGCCAGAAGUGCUAACCGAACCGUCCGCGCGCCUCUAUCUCGACGUGGUCUGGACCCACUACCCUCCAUCGACCCAUCAAAUGUGCAUGUGAAGGAUCACAAGAAUGCCCUGGCUUCAGCGAUUCAACAGGCCAACGAUGCAAAGAUGGAGGUUUUUGCAAAGGCUCAACAAUCGCGCGAGCAAAUAGACCAAGCCCGAAUCAAGGUAGACAAAGCUCACAUCCAAGCUGAUUUAGAAGAUCGGAAAUCGACUCUCAGCUGGACCAAAGAACGCUAUUUCCUUGACCGUGAAGAGCAACGCGAAAUGGACUCCAAGCGAUUGGCCCAAGAGACCCGAAAGGAAAGGAAGGCUUUCUGUGAGCGAUUGGUUUUGGAAGGUAAAACUCCGCAAGAACUUGAAGCUUACCUUUGACUUAUUUACCCGGCCGAAGAAAAUGGGAAUACCAUCUAAUACACCAGCGUUUGACCUCCAUGCCUCGCCUGUGUUUUUGCGUUCAGUCGUCUGUCAUUUGUUAUCAGUGAAUUAUAUGUACACAGCUACAUACUUCCUUUGAUUGUACCAGUCGUCUUUUUGUGAUUGUGCCAGUCGUCUACCAGUCGUCUUAUCUGUAAUCAGUCCUCUUUGUACGCAGCUAGUCCAACGUGCAGCUAUUUAAACAUGUAUUUCAAUGUCAAUUUAAGCAAUGACAUUGAAAUUAAUCCUUCAU